GCCAUAUUUUUUAAAUGUCAGUCAAAUCAUGUUUUGUUCCUGUCAUUUUUCAUUUCCUUUUUGAUUAGUGGGCCGUCCUCCUAUUAUUUCUGAUUCUAAUUAAAUAUUAAAGUGUUAUGAUGGCUGAGGACACGACAGCCGAUGCAACCAAAAGAUUAAAUGUUAAAAAACAGACAUUGGACGACGCUUACGCGGCGCCGGCAAACUUCUUGGAGAUUGAUGUAGUGAACCCAGUUACCACUAUGGGAGUCGGUAAAAAACGCUAUACAGAUUACGAGGUCCGCAUGAGGACGAACCUACCAGUGUUCAAAGUAAAGGAAUCCAGUGUGAGGCGGCGGUAUAGUGACUUCGAAUGGCUUCGGAACGAGCUAGAGAGAGACAGCAAGAUAGUAGUCCCACCCUUGCCUGGCAAAGCAUUAAAAAGACAACUGCCGUUCCGUGGAGAUGAUGGUAUAUUUGAAGACGAAUUCAUAGAAGACCGUAGAAAAGGACUAGAAGUGUUUAUCAACAAGAUAGCAGGUCACCCACUGGCUCAGAACGAACGGUGCCUUCACAUGUUCCUGCAGGACCAGACCAUCGACAAGAACUACGUGCCCGGCAAGAUACGGAACACAUAAUAGACAGAGACAAGCGCUCAGGGUUUUAAAACAGUUCUCUUCAGGGUCCGGUAGAUGUAUGUGAUUGGUUCAGGUAAUUAUACAGUGUUAUUUUUUUUUCUGUAACAGCACCGUUUAACGAAAUAUAGACAGUUAUUGUUGAAUUAAAUAUUUAUUAUUAUCAUGUAAAGAAAAAUGUGACGUUCCACUAGAAAAGGUGUCUUAUAAAGGGCAGUUGCCUUACACGUCAUAAGCGAUUAUGCGCUUCCCCUCUUAGUAUUAAACAAAGUCAUUUUCCGCGUCUUACUGUUUCUAAGCAUUCUUCAAAGAUUUUUGAUGCAGUUUUUCACUAUUAUUUAGACGAUUUAUUCCCGAAGGUUAACAGACCUCGUGCGAAGCUGGGCCGGAUUUGGUAGUCAUACUUUUAUGAUAAAGAGAUAAGCGUUUGUGAGUUUGUAUGUUUGAGGCGAGUAGUCUCCGAAACCGACCCGAUUUCAGCAUUAGUAAGGUACAUUAUCCAAGAUUGCUAUUUUAUCUCGAAAUUCCUACGGGAGAGAAGCCCCAGGCAACAUCUAGUAUAGCAUGAAAAUGAAAAGGUGAAACGUCUUAAGUGAAUACUACCCUAUAAAAUACCUUUUCUUGUGGAACCUAACGAAUGGUUGGCUUUUAAUCAAAAUUUAGUAAAAUUUGCAUUAUAUUGAUAUUUUUUAUUAGUGUGUGCUGUGAGUCGUGAAUUGAAAAGUACCACAGUUCAAAUAUAAUUGUAAUCAAGCAGACAAAUAAUGUGUAUAGUUUAAAUAGAAAUAACAUGUAUAUUUCCCUACAGUUAGCUACACAAAUUGAUCUAUUUGAUCUAUAUAUAAAAGUGUCCAUCACAAGGUAAAAUAAGAAAAGAGAACUGUUUUAAAAACCCCUAACAAUAUAACAAUUGUGAUUUGAUUGCAGAUUUUCACUGUAAUUAUCAUUUCACAUUACGGUAGUUAGCAGUUUCAUUACAUUAAAUAAAAUUAUAAUAUUUAAUACAAUCCUGGCCCUACUCCGAAAUGCGACGAAGCAAUGUUCAAGCUAAAGAAAAUAAUACCGUGCGGGAUUAUUACAUACAGUUUAUACGUUCGGAGUGGGGACAUAAACAAACAUAUUAAAAACAUAUUAAUACAGAUUAUACUCGCGGCACAGCAUUCCACAGAUAAAAAACAAAUAUUUUUUAAUAACUUUUAACACUAUUUCAUUAAAAAAAUAUAAACUUGAUAUAAUCUGAAGCGUAUUGAAAUCUGUUUUAUUCAUAAAUUAGAACAAUAUUCAUAAAAUUAAGAUAUGUGAAUGUUAUUGUUUAAAAUUAAGCAAUAUUAUGUACCUAUUAUUGGAAUUGUUAAAAUUGUUUGUAUGUAUUGGCUUCACAACGGAUGUCAUGAUUAUCAACCGACGACAAAUUGUGGUAUUUGAGUGUAUGUUCAUAUUUUAAUUAAUAUCAAACAAAGUUAUCUGAAUUUACUCUUAUAUAUUGGUAAAGAACCUUAUCCUAGGUCGUCGGCUGGUCAUGAUCAGAAUAAAGAUUUACUUUAUUAGUGUUUGAUUACAUUUGUUUUAAUCGUAUACAUUUACGUAAUAUAUUAAGCCACGUAUACACGGGCGAGCAUUAAAAUCUCAUUAUUUUAUAUGUGAUUCAUUUAUAAUUUCACUAAUGAAAUUUAAUGUUUGUAUUUAUUGUGUAUUGGAGAUCUAGAAUGUUCUAGAUGUGUCGGUGCGAAGGAUUUUGUAUUAUUCGAGUCCUUUGAAGAAGAGAUGGGAAAUGUCACAGAAAUCUGAAUUAUAUAAUAAAAUAGAAAUGGCAUCUGCUAUAUUUUAUAUGAAAAUGAAUGUGAUUCUCACGCGCAAUAUUAAAAACCAUAUAUUGUUAUUGGUAUAUAUACCCUUGAUUAUAUUAUUGCUUCAUACUAAAUCUAUUGUAAAAAAUUUAUCGGUGGAAAUCGAAAUUCAAGUUCAUUGAUUUGAAUAAGCGGAGGAACUUCGUUGUCAAUGUGGCGGCAAAAUAUGCCCCUUAUAUAUUUUUCAGAUCUCUGUGGUAAAAUAUAUUAGUUUUAACUAGUUCUAGCUAAGAGAUUCCUUCAUGUUAAACCGGAGAGUAACGAAAAUGUACAUAAAAUGACCUGGCAAAAUUGGUUAAGGCGGGAACUUCAACUUCUGAUGUCAUAUCGUUCAUUCGCGUUGAUUGCAAGUCGCAGGUAUGUUGACAAUUUUUAUUUCAAUACACACAAAACUUGACAAAAUAAAAAAAGAAAACUUUUGUCGUUGCCAUUAUGUGGAAUUAAAUUCCCGACGAGGUAGCAAUGUUAGUGAAGUCGUUUGUCUUUCUUGAUGUCGUUCUCUGAUGUUUUGUUUAUGGUUCAUUCAUAUUCCACGUACAGUCAACAGCACAUUAAGCUACCCUGCACGAACCUCUAUGGCGCGGUAAUAGCGGCGAGAUUGCAAUGAAUUUGGGUAGGUUGUUGAGCUGUUGACUGUACACUCGCCUAUGAAAAUGUUGUCAAUAUUCGAUGUGAGAAUUCAUAAAACGUGUUUUAACCCCUGAGAACUACAUAACAUGAUUGUGUAUAAGGUAAAAAUGAAUUGCGGUCUCGCCAAGAUAAAUAUCUGUUGUCUGUGAUUUACUAAUAUCGGCUAAACAUUAAAUUGAACUAAGACGUUCUAUGUGUUUUCACCAGUCAUAGCCCCGUCCAAAUUCUGUUGGCACUAGAAUUUAACUGGUGCUUUACGUGUUAACUAUACUAUGUACAGUACAUGCGUCAGUCGAAAUGAAAAGUUGUACUGAAAAAUAUUCACCGACAAUUUUGAAUUAAUCUUAUUUCUGUAAUGAGCACCCCGUACACAACUGAAAAAAAAGAUAAGCUUUCGCUUUUGUUUGGAUGCAUUCUGAUUGGUCGAUUUUUGAUUGAGCAAUACUUUACGGGAUGUUUUUUAAGUCAUUCAGCACUUGAUUAGUUUUGUAAACAGUGCCGUUCUCAACGUUCGCUAGAAAGAGUGGGCGAUAAAAUAAUUUUAAAAUGAUUGAGAACUAUAAAAUGCACUGAACUAUGAAAUGCAAUGAAAGUAGCGUGUCAAGUAGCACGGUGAGACAAUGUGGACAUUCGUUAUACACCACUAAAUUAAUUGUAUUAUGUCGGUCAUAAUAGGGUAAACAAUAAAUAAAUUUGCUAUCAUGUGA